GAGCGAAUCCACUUUCGUGUACGUUUUUAGGCUGGUGAUAAUUACUUUUUCCAUCAAUGGUCCGGUUUCAGAGUCUAUAUAUAUCAAAUUGUGGCAAGAGCAUCUCACAUUUUCACAUUAUGGAAGGAACUUCUCGAGCUCUUUCUUAUACCAUAAGAUUCGUUGGUCUACUUGGUAGUCAUGCUCUUGGUAGCAAUUCAAGGUUCAUGGCUACAGCGGUUGAUCUAGGACGAGAAUUGGUAAGGCGAAAAAUCAGGCUUACCUAUGGAGGAGGCAAUGUGGGUAUUCAAGGAGCUGUAGCUUCAACAGUCUAUAAUAAUGGUGGUAGAGUUAGAGGUUUCAUACCAGGGUAUAUAGCAACACGACAGGUUUACGGACCUACGUACGGUGUAGAGUACACCGUUUCCAGCCAUUACUAUAAGUAUUUCGAGAUGAAUCAUAUUCUGGAAGCCUUCAUCGUACUUCCAGGAGGGAUUGACACUAUGGAAGGUUUAUUCACUUUGAUUUCAUGGGCAUCCGAAGGGUUACAUAGUAAACCCAUUGGUCUUUUGAACAUUGACGGUUAUUUCAAUAACCUAAUUAAGUUUCUAGAUGAUGCGGUGAGGCAGAACUUCAUGGCUUUGAAUCAAAGGAAAUUGUUCAUCUCUUCUUUCUUUGUUGAUGAGCUUUUAGACAAACUAGAGUGUGCUAAAGCUUUUCCGGGUCCUGGUGCUAAUUAUGACGAGUUCGCGAAUCCUGAGAGGUUAGACUUAGAAUUGCAUCUGUAACUUUCCUCAUCAAGAAGGAGUAAUUUACCGUUGAAUUACUUCCCGUUGAGAAUUGAAUGUCGCGAAUUUGAUGGAGCCGAACGUUGGAGGAGUUAUGCGCGCUGCAAUCUACGAAGAGGAAGAACCCCUGCUCUUUGACUUCUUUUUUUUCCUUGCGUGAAAGUAAAAAAAGUAAAGUGGAGGGAGGUAAGGUUUUGGGCUGAUUCUUUAAUGUUGGGUUUGGGCUCUGACCCAAAAUCGUUCUCCUUUUUCCAAAAUUGAGCUGCACUUUGACCUUUUGCUAUACUUUUCUCCAAAA